AUGCUCGCCUGCCACCGCUGGACAGAAUCUCGCCGUGACACGAUCACGCUGCAGGACGACCACAUCGUCGCCAUGGAGAUCCUGCUACGCAAGCUCCACGCGACCUUAGGCGCGAUGAGCGUGAAGGAGAUCUCCGUCGCGGACGUCUGGCAUCUGGUGCUCGCCUGCGGCAAGUACGGCCUCAACCCGAAUGAGUUUAGGGGUUGGUUUGCAUCGUGGGCGAAACGCGCCGUAACUCAGAUCGACAAUUUUUACCGUGGCGACGAGCGGAUCUACCACCGCCAGAUCCUGUUCCCGAGCUGGGCGACCGACCAUGCGGCCCUCUUCGCCGAGGCGACCAAGUCCCUGGUCUACAGGAGUGAGGCGCAUAUCGCCGAGCGCAACCCCACGAAGGUCGAUCAGAUGCAUCUGCCGCCCCGGAUUCUGCAGCAAAUAAACGCCGUCCGCGGCCGCCUCCGCAACAUCGCGCACAAAGGCCUCUUCGACCGGAUCGCGACGACCCUAAAAGCCUCCUCCGCCCCCUGCUGCGAGCGCACCGUCUUCGAGUUCUUCCGCGAGCUGCAGCGCAUCAGCGUCUGGUCGUUUGAGGACUGCAUGCGGCACUGCAGCAUCGACGAUCUGGUCUUCCGCAUGAAGCGGUUCGAUGCGAGCAAGAUGCGCGAAUACCGGGACCCCAAGACCCAAAAGCCGAUGGAUGGUUUCGCCUGCGAACAUGGCUGGAAAGCUGUGGUGGCCGGCGCCGCGAAGCGCGUCGAGGCGUACUUCGACGGGCUGUGUCUGGAUUGCAUGGAUCUGACCAAGAACCUGCACAAGGGUGGGGAUCGGGAUCGGGAUUAUUGGGCGUAUAUGCGGCCGCGGGAUCGGUACGAUGAGAAUUGUCGGAUCAAGCAUGGCGAACCGACCUGGUACUUUAGCUUCAUGGGGAGGCGGGAGAAGAAGGGGUUGAUUGCGGAUGUUUAG